AUGAUUGAACCUAAGAAGAGACCAGGCGAUAUGGCUUUGGUCCCCACCGAAGUGAAGCGGCCCCGGACUGAGCUGGUUGGUGCGGCGCAAUCCCAUCAACUCGUGGCGAUGGGUCCGCCAAGAAGUUCCAGUUUGCAGGCUCCGAUUAUGCUAAUGUGUGGUCAUGAAGGAGAGGUCUACUGCUGCAAGUUUCACCCCAAUGGCGCUACUCUCGCAUCUUCAGGAUAUGACAGGCUCAUCUUGAUGUGGAACGUGUAUGGAGACUGUGAUAACUUCGCCACUCUGAAAGGACACACUGGAGCAGUGAUGGAGUUGCAUUAUAACACAGAUGGAAGUAUGCUGUUUUCCGCUAGCACAGACAAGACGGUAGGUGUGUGGGACAGUGAGACAGGUGAGAGGAUCAAGCGUCUGAAAGGCCACACCUCCUUCGUUAAUUCCUGCUACCCCGCCCGCCGUGGCCCUCAGCUCGUAUGCACCGGCAGCGACGACGGCACCGUCAAGCUGUGGGAUAUUCGUAAGAAGGGAGCUGUCCACACGUUCCAGAACACCUAUCAGGUACUGGCAGUCACCUUCAAUGACACCAGCGAUCAGAUCCUAUCUGGAGGAAUCGACAAUGACAUCAAGGUCUGGGACCUGCGUCAGAACAAACUGAUCUACAGCAUGCAUGGCCAUGGGGACUCCCUGACAGGGCUCAGUCUGAGCUCAGAGGGAUCCUACCUACUCUCCAACUCUAUGGACAACACAGUGCGUAUUUGGGAUGUUCGUCCCUUUGCUCCUAAGGAGAGGUGUGUGAAGAUCUUCCAGGGGAAUAUUCACAACUUUGAGAAGAACCUGCUGAGGUGCUCCUGGUCUAAUGACGGCAGUAAGAUUGCUGCAGGCUCGGCUGACAGAUUUGUGUACGUGUGGGACACCACCUCCCGGAGGAUCCUGUAUAAGCUGCCUGGUCACGCUGGGUCUGUCAAUGAGGUCGCUUUUCACCCUGAGGAGCCUAUAGUCCUCUCUGGAUCCAGUGACAAACGGCUCUACAUGGGGGAGAUUCAGUAGGAGGGAUGUGUGUGUGAAUGUGCAAGUGUGCGUGUGUGUCUGUGUGUCCAUCUGUGGGAGAAUUGUACUGUUUACCCGUUUUAUGUGCGUCUGGGUAAACAAUCUGUUCUUUUAUAUGCUUUAGUUGAUUCUGAGAAACCUCAGGAACGCUUAUGUGAGUUUAUGAUGUCACAACAACAAAUACCUUUUUUUAUUUCUCCUAAUAAAAUGCAAAAAAACAAUA